AUGGCGGUGAAUUUCACGAACUUUGUGGAACCAGGUCCGUCUCCUCAUCUGGAGAUGUGCCAGUUCCCCACUGCUUUGAAAUUUCCCCUAUAUGAUCCUAAUGGGAACGCCUUAAACACUUGUUUUGUGGCGUCUGUAAUUCUCAUUGCCCACGUUUUACCAGGACUUUUUGCUCUUUACCAGAUUGGCUCGCUUUUGUUGAGUAAUUCGUAUGGUCCAUACAGAAUUAAGUAUUCGUUUGGUUCACCAUGGAACACACGUAGUGUCUCCAUUUUUCACUUUCUCAGACUCAAUGCCGCCGUCUUACAGGCGGUGCUUUUUGCCGCUUUGGUAUUCUUCACGUCCAGAGGAACUUCCGGCGUGAUUCUUACCAGUGCCAUGGCUCUGUUCGCAACAACCGUGUUUGGCAUCAUUCCAUUGCAAUAUCUCGAGACUACGCGUUCUCCGGUUGGCCACGCCUCAGUUAUCAUAUACUGGCUCGCUACUUUGGUUCUCUUUGUGGUUGUGUUGGUGCUGGACUCGUUGUCUGAACACAAAGUAUAUGUUCCAGACCAUGACAAGAGCAUUGCUGCGACUGCGUUCUCCAUCGAGAUCGCCGUUGUCAUCAAUUCCUUCUUUGCCUACAUAUUGGAAGCAUACUUUUAUCGUCCCUCGGUCGAGCUUCUGGAGUACUUUGAAUUGAAUGGUUGGGAUAUCACCACCGUUAGAAACUUAGUGUCGACAUUGACUUUCAAUUGGUUGCAGCCCACUUUGGAUCAGGUUUACGAAACAGACAACAUUGAAGUAUCCGAGGUUCCAAACACCAUCAUCGAAUUGAAGAGCGAGGUUGUUAUUGAGAAAUUUUCUAAGGGAUGGAAAAAGGAGUUGGAGAGAGCAAAGUGGUGGAGAGAUAGAAGAGUUAGACGUGCUAAGAACCCAACCGAGGCUGACUACGAGCUUAGACCAUCUAUCUUCUUUGUUUUGGUCGGAGCAUACUACAAAACGAUUCUUCAGGGUAUUUUCUUUGAGCUUAUGGAUAUGGCUUGUCUUACCAUUGCACCUUUCUUACUCCAAAAGUUUAUUCUCUACUUUACGGAGAUUUCUUCGUCUGACAGCAGCUCUAGCUCACCACCACUCAUCAAGGGUUUUGCCUUUGCAUUUGGUAUCUACUUGACUUCUGUCAUUAGAUACUUCUCCUUCAACCAGUACUUCAUCACGUUUUUCUUGUGCUCUUUCAGCAUCAACUCCUCAUUGACAGCUUUAGUCUACGAGAAAGCCAUGAAGUUGUCCCCAGAGGCUAGAAAAGAGAAAUCGUCUGGUGACAUCGUCAACCACGUUUCUGUCGAUGUCAAGGACGUUUCGACCAGUAUUGAGAACUCUUCCGAUGCGAUCACCAUCCCAUUGAGACUUUUCUUGUGCUUGGGUGCAUUGUAUAAACUUCUUGGUAAUGCUAUGUGGGCCGGUUUGGCCACCGCUUUGGUUUUGGUGCCUAUCAGUUCCGUCGUCAGCACCUCCAUCUACUCGCUCUACAAUGUCCAGAUGGAGUACAAGGAUGAGAGAACGAGAUUGACAAGCGAGAUUCUCAAUGCAAUCAAAAGUGUCAAAUUGUACUCUUGGGAGAAGCCAAUGUUGAAGAAGCUUGAUGAAGUCAGAAAUAAGAAGGAAUUGGUCAAUGCUCGUAAGAUGGGUUUAUACAAUGCUGCGUCGAGUUUCUUGUGGGGAUGCAUUCCAUUUUUCAUUUCGUGUGCCGUCUAUACUGUUUAUGCCAUCGUGAACAAGAAAGCUUUGGUUCCAUCAGUGAUUUUCCCAGCAUUGUCGUUGUUUGACCUUUUGGCCCAACCAAUUUUAAUGCUUCCUAACAUCUUCUCCAGUAUUGCUGAAGCCAAGGUUGCACUCAACAGAUUGGGCAAGUUUUUCGUUUUGGAUGAGAUGGAACUGGAUAUUGUUAAACGUACGAAUACGCCUUUGAAGCGUGGCGAUGUCUCAGUAAAGGUGACUGAUGCAUCGUUCGUUUGGACAACUAAGAGUGUGCAUGCUCCUGUUUCCGAGGAGCCAGAGGAGACCAGAUAUGCUUUGAAGAACAUCAACUUUACUGCUCGCAAGGGAGAAUUGACCUGUAUUGUGGGCAGAGUUGGUGCUGGUAAAACCACCCUCUUGAAGUCUAUCAUUGGAGAGAUCCCUAUUGUCAAAGAUGGAAAGCAGUCGGUUUCUGUUAAUGGAACUGUCGCUUACUGUGCUCAAAGUCCAUGGAUUUUGAACUCUUCUAUCAGAGAGAAUAUUUUGUUCGGUAAAAGAUAUAACAAGCAGUUUUACAAUGAGACAAUUGAAGCUUGUCAGCUUCUUAGUGACUUUGAAGUGUUGCCAAAUGGAGACGCUACUUUGGUUGGAGAGAAGGGUAUCUCCCUUUCUGGAGGACAAAAGGCUAGAGUUUCGUUGGCCCGUGCCAUUUAUUCGAGAGCAGAUGUGUACUUGUUGGACGACGUGUUGUCUGCUGUGGAUGCUCAUGUUGGAAAGAAGAUCACCAACUCUGUUUUGGCUCCAGGCGGUCUUUUGGCCUCCAAGACCUUGAUUCUUGCAACCAACUCCGUGAAGAUUUUGAAGAUUGCACAGCAGACCGUAUUCUUAAAGGACCAGCUGAUCAUUGAGCGUGGAACGUUUGAGGAGCUUAUGGCUUCCAAGGGCGAAGUUUCCAAGUUGAUUACCGAGUUUGCCAAAGAGGACGAGGAGAAUGAAGACAUCGACGAAGAUCUGCAGCUGGCUAAAUCUAGUUCGAGUUCCGAUGACGACAAACCAAAAGCUUACGAACCUGAACCAUUGCUUAUCCAAGAAGUGGAAGAUUUGGGAGACUUGCAAUUGGCUAGAGUUGAAACCCACUUGACUGUCGGACAGGCAUCGAUUGUCUCAUAUGACCAUGUGUACGAAUUUGACGAAGAUGACAAGCAUAAGAAACAGGAAGAAGAAAAAGAGAACAAGACUAAGGGAAGAGUUAAAUUGAGUGUUUACUUGGAAUUUUUCAAGGCAUGUAACUGGAUUUAUGUCGUGAUUUGGUGUUCGAUCUAUUGGUGUGUCAUUGGGUGCAACAUCUUGGGAAACUACCUUCUCAAGUAUUGGUCUGAAAAGAACCUCUCAAGUGGCUACAAUGUGCAUCCAGGUUUCUACUUGGCUAUCUAUGCAUCUACUGGUGUCUUUUCAGGUUUCUUGACAUUCUUCGGUGCUUACAUCAUCUGGACUUAUAGUGCUGUCAGCAGUUCCAAGUACUUCCACGACAAUAUGGCUAACAGUGUUUUGAGAGCACCAAUGUCGUUCUUUGACACUACACCUAUAGGAAGAAUCUUGAACCGUUUCUCGGACGACAUUUCAACGUUGGACCAGCAAGUGUUGUGGAUUCUUAUGAUGUUUUUCGAGACUUCUCUCGAGACCUUGACCAGACUUGUCAUUGUCAUUUACAACUUGCCCUUCAUGGUUGUGAUCAUUGCAGUUCUUGUUCUCUUCUACAACUACUUCAGAAACAGAUUUAUUCCCGCCUCAAGAGAACUCAAGAGACUCAAGUCUGCCUUAAGAAGUCCAGUGUUCUCUCACUUGCAGGAGUCCGUUAAUGGAGUAGAGACCUUGCGAGCAUAUGGUGAGAGUGACCGGUUCAUCCACUCAAACAGAAGAAAAGUGGACAAUGUCACCAAGGUCGACUGGGCCACUCAAUGUGCAAACAGAUGGUUAUCUAUGAGAUUACAGUCAAUUGCUGCUAUCGUUGUUCUUUCUUCUACUUUGUUGAUUUUAUUGUCGGUGAAGUUUAACAAGGGACUUAAUCCAGCAUUGGUGGGUUUCCUUAUGACUAACGUGUUCACAUCCACCAGUUCUUUGAAUGCCAUUAUCAGAUUAUGGGCAGAAACAGAGACUAAAUCCGUUACCAUCGAAAGAUUGAUCGAAUAUGGAAACUUAAAGUCGGAAGCUCCAACCAUUAUUGAAGGUCAUAGACCUGCCAAAGCGUGGCCUGCUACGGGAACCAUCAAUUUCAAAAACUAUACGACCAGAUACAGAGAAGGGUUGGACCCAGUGUUGAAGAAUAUCAAUCUUGACAUCCAGCCAGCAGAAAAGAUUGGAAUUGUGGGCCGUACUGGAGCAGGUAAGAGUUCGCUCACAUUGGCACUUUUCAGGAUCAUUGAAGCUACUGAAGGCCACAUCAACAUUGAUGACCUUGACACUAGUUCCAUCGGAUUGUUCGACUUGCGUAGCCAGCUCAAUAUCAUCCCUCAGGAUGCAGCAGCGUUUGAAGGUACCGUGAGAGAGAACUUAGAUCCAUUUGGCCACUAUUCUGACGAGGAAUUGUGGAAGGUGCUUGAGUUAGCGCACUUGAAAGAGCACGUUGAACAGAUGAAGACGGAGCCUAAGAAGCAGGAUGACAAAAAGAAGAAAAAGGGAGAUGAGCCAGCUAAGCCACAGGUGGGACUUAAUGCUCGUGUUUUGGAGGGAGGCUCCAACCUUUCAUCUGGCCAGAAGCAAUUGCUUUGUCUUGCCAGAGCGUUGUUGAAAACAUCCAAGGUUUUAGUUCUUGACGAGGCUACGGCCGCUGUCGAUGUCCAGACGGACAAGAUCAUCCAGGAGACUAUCCGGUCCAAUUUCAAGGACAAGACCAUUUUGACGAUUGCACAUAGAUUGGACACAAUUAUGGACAGUGACCGAGUGCUUGUCUUAGAGAGGGGCCAGGUAAAGGAGUUUGACAGCCCGGAGGAGUUGCUUAAGAAUACCGACGGUAUCUUCUAUUCCUUGUGCAAGGAGGGUGGAUAUCUCAAGGAGGAGAAUUGA